AUGGCGGGGAUCCCGCGGAAUCUCAACCCGAAAGUCUCAACGAGGAUUUAUAACUUCAAACCUACUCUUAAAUCCAGUAUAAACCUGCUGUACUUCGGCUCAGACUAUAAGCGUGGAAGUGGUGGGAAAGCAGCGUCCAGCCCUGCAGAGAACUACCACCUGGCCCGUCGACGCACCCUGCAGGUGGUGGUCAGUGCCCUGCUGACAGAGUGUGGCUUCGAGAGCGCUGAGAAGGCAGCGGUGGAGACGCUCACUGAGAUGAUGCAGAGCUAUAUAAGUGAAAUAGGUCGGUGUGCUAAAGCUUAUUGUGAACACACAGCCAGAAGUGUUCCGACCCUGUCAGAUACAGUGGUCACACUCAUUGAAAUGGGUUUCAAUACCGACACCCUGCCUGUUUACGCCAAGAGAUCACAGAGGAUGGUUAUAACUGCUCCUCCAGUGACGAAUGCGCCUGUGACCCCCAAAGCACUGUCAGCCGGACAGAAACGCACACAUCCGGCUCACAUCCCCAGCCACUUCCCAGAGUUCCCUGACCCUCACACGUACAUCAAAACACCCACGUUCAGAGAGCCUGUGUCGGACUACCAAGUGGUGAGAGAGAAGGCAGCGAGUCAGAGGAGAGACGUGGAGCGAGCGCUCACACGCUUCAUGGCCAAGACCGGAGAAACUCAGAGCCUCUUCAAAGACGACAUCACCGCCUUCCCAUUGAUCGCAGCACAACCAAGCACCAUCCCAUAUCUGAGCGCCCUCCUGCCGUCAGAGCUGGAGUUACAGACUCUGGAGGAGACAGACUCCUCUGAGCAGGACGACCAGACAGACAGUGAGAACACAGCAGGAAACAUCAUCAAUGAUGAUCCAGGAGCUGACAAAGAGAACUCCAUGCUUCCUCCCAGCGGCGGCGUUCCUUCCACAAAGGCCAGCGAGGACAACGUGAUCGACAACCCGUACCUUCGGCCGGUCAAGAAACCCAAAGUGAGGAGGAAGAAAUGAGUUGGGACCCACCUGAACCAACAGACUCACAUUUGCCACAAUGGUUGGCGCCUUCAGCAGUCCAGUCAGUGAUUCCCUCGACGGAGAGAGAAGCAGUCCGGAGUUGAAACCUGCGGUGUGAGCCGGGACCAACGGCUGACCGUACUGCUGUUGGUUUUUUUUUUUUUUUGUACACUGACUUCUAUUGAAGAUAACUGUUUUUGUUGUGUGUCCCCUUUUUCAGCAAGCACUCAUUUUCUUUAAAAUUUGUGUAAUGUCACUUUGUAAUGUCAUCGUUUAACAUGCAAACCACACAGGAAUCCUGUCAUUUUGUGAAUAAAGAAAUAUAAGUUUCUUUUUUUCUUUUUUAAA